AUGGCGCAAACUAGAAUAGAUGAGGAAGGUAGGAAAGUGGCGCUUAGGAUCAGUCUGGAGAAAAUGGAGUAUCUCCACAUGAGAAGACGGAGAAGGGUACGCAGUGAUGGGCUAACCGUUAACGGGAAUUAUUACAAGCGCGUAUCGUUCAAGUAUCUCGGUUGCACAAUAACAGACACCAACCAGAGAGAAGACGAAAUCGACAUCCGUAUCCAGAAUGCCCUAAGAUGUUCAGCAGCCCUUCACAAAAUAUUAACGUCCAAGCUCAUCAGCAGGAGCACCAAGAUUAGAGUUUACAAGACUGUGAUAAGACCGAUCUUGGUAUAUGGAUGCGAAGCUUGGACGUUGACCUUGAAGGAGGAAAACAAGCUCUUGGUGGCGGAGAGGAAGAUCUUUAGAAGGAUCUUAGGCCCUAUAAGAAGGGAGGUUGGCUCUUGGAGAGUGAGGAAGAAUUUGGAGGUGGAAGAACUGGUGGGCGAGCCCAACAUCAUCGGCGAGAGCAAGGCUGCUCGGCUUCGCUGGCUCGGCCACGUGGAGAGGAUGGGAGAGGAUCCCGCGCACACUCCUCAUCAUCGAAGCGGCCCGCUUCCUGAUUACGGCGUAAAAGCCAUCAAUUUGCCGCUCCGCAAACAUCGCGGAGGCGCUGCAGUGUCGCGGCAGCCCGAACAGCACCCUACACGCAUCAUUAUACUGGACGCGCAGGGCGCCGUAUGUACGCUGCGUGUCUGA